AUGGAAGGCUUAGAGUGCUGGAACUGCGGCGUUCCCGGACACUUUGCAAGAGAGUGCAAUCUAGAGGAACAACGGGAAUGCUGGGAAUACUUGAGCUCGGAAGGAUGGCUCUGGAGCGCCAGUUUCGCGCACGCCGGGUCGACUCGUAUAGGCCUCCCAGAGCUUACCCUCCUCCCCGUCCCCUUUCGCCUCGCCCUCUUGAAAGCAGAAUAUCUCUCCCCCUCGGUGAUCGAAUAA